CCUUUCGUCCAUAUUAAAGAAAGCAUCUAAUUGUUAUGUUAGCCUCCAUGUGAUCUACAAGAUACCAUCUAUUGUCGAAAAAUGCAGCAAUGAUAAAUUAUUCAUGAAAGUUGGUUUUAUCCAUUAUAAAUUUUGAAUACUUGCAACAUAAAAGCCAGUAAAUACUUUACAGUUUCUAGUCAAGAACCUACAAUGAGAUUGCAUUUCACUAACCUUUUGGGACUGUUCUUAACACUCCUUCUAAUUGUGAUUGCACAAGCCACGACUGCUAAAACGAAUAGUAGGAGUGGUGGUAAGGAAGCUAGCAUUGUUACGGCAGAUGAUUACUCAAAGCUAUAUGAUCAAUAUCAGAAAGAAUUUCGCGAUAGGACCACUCAAUAUGCUGACGCGGUUCGACGAGCUCGACCUGCUGCAAUUGAGACCAGCAACCGUCUUAUACCAAUUCCACCUUUCUUUCCUUUGCCGCCUCUUCCACCUCUUCCGCCACUUCCACCACUUCCACCAUUGCCGCCGUUGUUUCCAAUUGGUUCCCAACGACAUUAGUAGCAAUCAUUAGCACCCAAACAAUAAUGACGUAUCAUCAAGUUCGAUUUGUACUUGAAUCUAUUUCGUAUAUAAUGAAAUAAAAUCCGU